UACUUUGCUAAUAUAAUUAUAAUGAUUAAUUAUUUUUUAAACAACAACAACAUCUGGAUUUUUAUAUCUAUUGUAGUAAUUGUUGCUAGCUUAUUAAUUAAAUUGUACAAGGCACUAGUUGGGUAUAGCUACAGAAAAGUUAUGUUAGCUAGUAUACCCGGUCCACCAGCUAGGUAUAGACUUUUUGGUAACUUGGAUAUGAUCUGGAACAAUUGCAAUGUUGAACAAAAUCCUGCUGAUUAUAUAUUCAAAUCAAUGGCACACUUAUAUAGAAAGGAAGGCAUAUUUAAGUAUAGGAAUGCCAACAGAGUUAUGGUUUUGAUAUACAAUCACGAAUUAGCACAGGAUUUUCUCAAAUGCAAUGUCAAUAUCGAGAAGGCAUUUGAAUAUCAAUUACUGUAUGACUGGUUGGGAAAGGGAUUGCUUAUCAACGACUCGGCCGACCUAUGGAGGGAACGCCGAAAACUACUGACCCCUGCCUUCCAUCAGACAAUUCUCACAGAAUUUGUGCCCAUUUUUAACGAUAAGUCCGAUAUUCUGGUGAAACGUUUAGCCGAUUGUGUGGACAUAAAGGGUGUAAACAUUUGUGAUCUCGUGUUCCCGACAGCACUGGACAUCAUAACCGAGUCAGGAAUGGGUAUCAAAAUGAAUGCCCAACAAAAUGAAAACCAGGACUACAUUCACGCCAUUCAGCAAAUGGGGAAAUGUCUGUUGGACCGACUGUUUAACCCUAUGUUGUGGUUAAAUGCGAUCUUUUAUAUGACAUCUUCGGGCAAACAAUUCAAGCGAAACCUCAAUAUAUCUCAUGAAUUGACUCGACGUGUGAUUAAUGACAGGAAAGACUAUUUACUGCAAAAUAAGGGAAAUGUCUGUUCAGACAGUGAUUGCAAACCAAGUAAACGCAAGAGAUUAGCAUUUCUGGACCUAUUAUUGGAGAAUCAUUUCAAUGAUAAUUCACUGACUCUGGAGGACAUCCGGGAAGAGGUCGACACUAUUAUGUUUGCCGGACACGACACCACUCAAGACAUCCGGGAAGAGGUCGACACUAUUAUGUUUGCCGGACACGACACCACAGCCCUAUGUCUGUCCUGGACACUUUACUUUAUUGGUUUGGAUCGGGAUAUACAGCACCGGAUUCACGAGGAAAUGGACUCUGUUUUGGGCACUAAUAGAGACGUCACUAUCGAUGACAUCAAACAAAUGCAUUAUUUGGAGGCAGUUAUCAAAGAGGGGUGUUAAUCAAA